GGUUAGUGGGUGGCGGCGGCCCGGGCCCCCGGGGAUGGCCGCGGCUGCGCUCCGCCAGCAGGUGGCCCCGGGGUCCCGGCGGCGGCACCGCCUCCUCCCUGCGCCCCUCCUCCCGCGGGGGCGGUCAGCGCCCCGACCUGGCUCGCACCCCGUCGCUGCCGCCGCCGCCUUCAACCCGCCCCCUGCCCGACCGCCGCGUCCCCAGGGCCGCGCUCGCCGCCGCCACUGCCGCGUCCCGAGCUGCGCCCAGGCCGGCCAGCGGCGACAUCCCGGGGCGCCCGCCGCUCCGGCCCGCUCUUCCCACCCCCAACUCGCUCCCCAACGGAAAGUUCGGCUCCGGCCGGGUUUUCCCAGAAGCCGGGAAGGAGCCAGGGUCGGGGGGCUUGUGGAGGGGACCCGGGGGGCGGCCGGGAGGGGGCAACUUCUCCCGGGAAAGCGCCUCCUGCCGAGCUCGGCGCGCCGCAGCCCCCGAGAGGGUUCGAGGUGGUUCUUCCCUUCCCUUGGCCUCCCCCCUGCGGAUUCCACAGACGGACCUUGGUCCCGGCGCUCCCGCUGCUGGGUGACAAGAGCACAAGCCGCCGCAGCCACCGCCUCGGCUGCCCCCGGCCGCAGCCCUGCCUACAGCACCAUGGAGUUCUCCGAGAGGAAAAGGAGCAGGAAAUCCCAGAGCUUCAAACUGGUGAGCGGAGAUUAUCACCAUGAGCUAUAUAAGCUGUCAGAAUUCAGCAAUGAUGUCAAUGGGGAGGCCAAAGAGACACACCCCAUUUUUUUAGGAGGUGAAAGCAUGGAAAUUAAAAAACAAAUCACAGGAAUGAGAAGGUUACUGAAUGAUAGCACUGGGAGGAUCUAUCAGCGUGUUGGCAAGGAAGGCGAAAAGUUAAAAGAAGAACCCCAGGAUUUGGACUCCGUCUGGCCCCAGCGUUUGAACUCUGCUGAGGCCCCACAGACCCUCCACCCUUCUUCUCGGGGUGCCUGGAAUGAGCUCCCAGCCCAGAGCGGGCAGUUCUCAGGGCAGUCUGGCCCCCGCGCUAGAACCUUCCAGAGUCAGUCCCACACUGCUGGGAGCUCCAACGGAGAACUUCCAGUGUUGAAUUCGUCAGCUGGAUCAAACUGCUGUACCUGUAACUGCCAGUCGACAUUGCAGGCCAUUCUCCAAGAACUCAAGACCAUGCGGAAAUUAAUGCAAAUUCAAGCAGUUGGAACCCAAAACAGACAACAACCCCCGAUUUCCCUUAUAUGCUCCCAGCGAACUGCUGUUUCACGCAAGAGAAAUAAAAAGAAAAAAGUGCCCCCUAAGACUGUUGAACCUCUUACUGUGAAACAGAAGCCCAGUGUGUUAGAGACUGAGAAGAAGACAGCUGUGGCCUUGGAGCAGCCCGCCCUCCAGGCGGCUGAGCACACCUCCGCCUCGGAGAACCACGUCCUGGGAUUUGGCAUUGUUCUGGAAUCGCCUUCCUCAGAUCCAGAAGUGCAACUUGCUGAAGGCUUUGAUGUGUUUAUGCCUAAAUCUCAGCUGGACUCUAUAUUGUCAAACUACACUCGCUCAGGAAGCCUUCUGUUUAGAAAACUGGUGUGUGCAUUUUUUGAUGACAAGACUUUGGCUAACUCCUUACCCAAUGGGAAGAGGAAAAGAGGACUGAAUGACAACCGGAAAGGACUAGACCAAAAUAUUGUGGGUGCAAUAAAAGUCUUCACAGAAAAGUACUGUACUGCUAAUCAUGUGGAUAAACUUCCUGGCCCGAGAGACUGGGUACAGAUUCUACAGGAUCAAAUUAAACUGGCCAGAAGAAGGUUAAAAAGAGGCUCAGCAGAGGCAGCUGACGGUGACGAAAGACUGGACGGCAUCUCUCUGCCUCCAACAGGUAAAAAAGCCUGAGGCCCAGAAACGCUACAUGACUUUCUCAAGGUCUCACAGCUGGUUGGUGGCCUGCCCAGAGGCCCGGCCUCUCGCCUGCCUGUCAUUACACCGAGUAGCUUUCUUACACCUAAGCCAAAGCCAGCUUUUCUCUGCAUGUUUCUUAAAGAUCCCAAGAGCUGAUGAUGUACUAAUCCCUUUAGGAUUCCAUCUCAUUGUCUCACAGUCUCCAUGACUGGAAUGCCCAUCGUACGAACCCCUGAAGUCCACUGAACUCAUGGAAUUCUUUCUCGAAUGUUGCCCAAGGCCGUGAGGUCGUAAUGAAGACAGGAGUAGAAUAGCCCUGCAGGUUUCUUCACUAGACUUCUGAUAGAUAUUUGACACAAAUGACUAAACAGCGUGCUAAUACCAUUUAUCAGUUAGAAAAGGGGAAAAGAUUUCCAGGUUGGUGCCCCAAAUUUGCAAUAAUGAAAUGAAAUCUUGAUUAGACUAGCCGGUCUCUUGAUUGUUGCCCAAUCAGGUGGCUCCUCUGGACUCUAGGCUACUACUGACCCCUCCCUCCUUGCGUGCACCCCAGGAGGACUAGAAGGGGAACCUCACCUUUCUUGUACAAGAAGCUUCAUCCUGGGAUUUGAGACUCACUGGCCAGACUUUCUUUGUACAUUUAUCUGAGCUGGCAACAGUUGGUCCUCUCUAAAGAUUUAACAAUGCCUUGAUCAACUUCAGGUCAUUUUUCCCUUCCAAAUUCAUGUGUAUUUAGGAGGGUGGGGGAGAGGAGUGACUCCGUAGUGUUUCUAUGAACCAGAAUCAGACAGGUCAGGGCUACAGUCUGGCAGUCAAAUGACAUUUGUCUGAAUCCAUUACAUUUAAGCAAACUUUUGCAUCUAGUCUUAACAAAAACGGAUGCACAUUUUACAGUGGAAAAACAUUUUCCUCGUUUCUUUGUCCUCAACCCUGUUGGUGAGCAUUUUUGAGCAACUCCCAGGAGCUAGCACCGUGCUAGGUUCUGGUGAACAAAUGCCCGCCCUGAGAGAGCCCGGACUGGUGAGAGAGGCAGAGGCCAAGACACCCUGCAGCCAGGUGUGGGCAGAGUGCCCUGGUAAUGACAAAAACAUCCAGGGUCUGGGAACAGCUUGUGGUGAGGGGAAAGGAAAAUCAUAACAGUGCUUUCUAAAACUUAAAAAGGAGGCUUCUGAAUUUGAAAUAGAGGAGUACGGAGCUCACCUGGGCUUAGCAAUCUUUGUUGUAAAUUGGCAUUCUUUUACAUAUGCUUUAAAAAUUAAUAAAGAGCCCUGGCUUGUGUGUCUCAGUGGAUUGAAUGCCAGACUGAGCCAAAGGGUCACUGGUUCAAUUCCCAGUCCUGGCACAUGCCUGGGUUGUGGGCCAGGUCCCCAGUAGGGGGCGCUCAGGAGGCAACCACAAGAGAAACAUUGAUGUUUCUCUCUCCCUUCGCCUCUCUAAAAACAAAUAAAUAAAAUCUCUUUAAAAAACUGAUAAAAGUGUAAGGAAGAAAACAUAAAUUAAUUUUACCACCCAGAGACAAUCAUUAUUGGGUUUCAUUUUCCCAGACUUUUCUCCAUACUUGAUUUAUCCAAUGGAGAUCAAAUACAUAAAAUUUUGUUUCCCUGAGUUGUUUUUCUUUCACCUAACAAGCAUUUUCCAUUUUUAUUACAAAUCUUCAUACACAUUAUUUUAAUAGCUGCAUGAUAUUCUACCUUACAGGUAAAUCAUAUUUAGCCAUUUUCUAUUCCUGGACCACAAUAACACUCUAUUAGUAACACACAUUCGAGGGCUCUUUUGCAAAAAUAAUCAUUACAGAUUUCUAAUGGCUAAAAUUGUUCACUUAGCACAACAAAAGCCUUGGCUAAAAAUUCAUGAUUUAAACAUGACACAGACACCUCACCCACAUCAUACUUCACGUAUCCAAGCUACCUCUAGCCACACUGUAGGAAAGUGUGCAACUCUCCUUUGGGGAACAUCCCCCUUCAUUUCGUGUCUAUGUUGUAGGUAAUAUAUUUGACACCAGGAAAGAAAACAUGGAAGACACAGAGCCAGAUUUCACUGCCUAGACUUUCAUUUAGUGCCGGUGUUCAUUAGCAUAUGCACCUCCUCCCUUAGAAUUUCCUUAAAGCUCCACAUCAGCAUUUCAGUUUGCUGCAAAGUGUGAGUGUCCUGUGAAGUUUAGCUGUCCUGUUUGAAUGGUUUCCACCUACUGUCUUUGACCAUCUGUAAGAAGCCAGCCUCCAGUUUGGUAUAAGAUUUUUAAAAAUCAUUCUUACAGUUGAUUCAUCACCCUUGAAGUCCAGUGUCUGAUCCAGUUAGUUCAUUGUCCAUUAAAAAAAAGCAGCUCUCUUCCUUGUUUUUUUUUUUUUUUUUCAGAACUUCAAUGUGAAUAUAUGGAGUUUUAAAGCAUAUUUAUUUUAACAUAAAUUGCUUAGUUGCUAUGUAAAGGAGAAUGGCACUUUCCAGUCCUGAGGGAGUAAUUGUUAAGGCCAAAAUUAAUUAGAUCUUCAUCAGCUUAAAAGAUGAAAAAGAGGCCCUGGAUGGGUAGCUCAAUUGAUUGGAGUAUCAUGAUCUUCCAAGGUUGCAGGUUCAGUGCCUGGUUGGGGCACAAACAAGAAUCAACCAAUGAAUUCAUAAAUAAGUGGGACAACAAAUUGAUGGUUUUCUCUCUCUCAAAAAUCAAUCAAAUUUUUUUAAAGAUGUUUUGGGAGACAGGAUAUCCAUGCUCUAUUUAGAUGAAAUCAUUUGUGACAUCGGUUUCCCUAAAAUAACCAUUUGUAACUGAGUAAGUGCAAAUGACAUAUGAAUUCUUGGGAAGGAAAAACCUUCCGUGUAGAUUGUGUCAGCACGGUGACAAAAUAACUCACUGAAAGGCAAGGCACUCAAAGUAAGUGGUUAUCUACAUGAUAACCUAACAACUAUUUUGACAGAUGGUUUUAGCUGCGUGAGUGGUUCAGUGUUUUGGUGUUGUAUGAAAACCAGACACAAAUAUAUUUAAUUAAUGCUAUAUAUUUUAUCUGGUCCCUAGUACACAUACAUUCCACUAUAGAAAACCAACAAAUGAAAAUCUGGAUUCAUUUAAAGAGAUAUUAUGCCAUGUGGAUAUUUUACAGAAACAUUUAUGUCUGAAUUCCUUUCUCUAAUAAGAUGGUGACUUUAAAAUCCUAUUUAGAAACAUUGCACUUACACCUCAUUUAUUGCAUAAAGCAAAUUACCUUGAAUCUUUGACACUUGACCCAAAGGCCAAAAUUUGUCUUGAAACAAAGGUGAACCAGAAACACCAGACCCCAGGGGGAAAAACUGUUGUGCUUCUGUUUAAUGCAUGUCCCUAGCACUGACCAAGUCAGAGAGUGUUAGAGCUCAGAAUUGUGUCCCUUAGUCCCACCCCCUCGUUUUGCAAGUGAGGCAGCUGAGGAGUAACCACCAGGGCCAGUAACCGUCAGCGGCCUGGCCAGGCCCAGCACCUAAAUGCUGUACUCCCCUGUCCAAGGUACUUGUGCCACAGAACACUGAACGGCUAAGCCUGAGGGAGGAAGGGAGCUCUGGGAUGAAUCAGUUUUCCACUGAAGACCAGCUCAUCAACCAACAGUGACAGGAAGCUGGUGCUAGGUUUGGCCUGUGGAAUCUACCCAACUGCUAGACAGCUACAUCUCAUAUAUGUGUGUCUUUUAUUUGUCUUCUUUUUGAAGCUCCCAGGAGGUUUGGAAUGGUUGUUUGCAUCACUCCUUAGUUGGCCAUUUACAUUGGAGGCCAGCUAGUGAUCCCUCCCCUGAAACCAGUCCCCCUGCUCAGCGAGUGUCUGGUGAGAUACUAUGAACCAGGGUUUUUGUUUUCCUGCAACACACGUUAAAACUUGUCUUCUGCCUCUCAGAAGAAAACAUGUCUCAAGGGAAUUGAAAAGAUUAAUUAGUGACCUUUCAACUCUGUUACAAUAAGAUGAAUAUGUUGCUAAUAAAGGUAGAAAAUUUCACCUUCCCACUGUGACGUCUGUUAACUAUAAAGCACGAGUGUUCGAAGCACAUCCCUCCAAGCCGGGCAACAGCGUGGCACUCCCACCGCUGCAGGAGGGGUGGGCGCUGUCCGACUCGCAGGGGUGUGCAAUGGAUCCCCACAUUGGAAAUACAUGCCGUAAAGCUGCAAGAGUGAAGUGAUACUUUGUAAAUUAGAACUGUAUUUGUGCUUACUUACUGUGACUACUGUUCAGACUUUAUUCAGAAAUCCUUUCUAUAGGCUUUCUUAGCAAAAACAAAUUAUUCUGUAUCUAUGAAUAAUGUCUCAAUCUUCUGUAUGUUUUAUUAAUAUGUAAAUAUUUAGAUUUUUUAAAAAUUACUAUGUUCUUUUAAAAAAACUCAACACAAGACUAGUUGUGAAAAUGGUGUAUGACAUUGUGUUGUGAUAUCAGUCCCCAAGAUGCUCUCUGUGUCCGUUCUGGAAGA